AUGGGUGACUCUACUGCCCCGGGGGCAACAACUGCGGCAGUUGGUUUGGGAACCGUAGGAGGAGGAGGAGGGGACGGCAGCUCCAGCUGGGGGCACAACGGCAGCGCCCCCUGGGGGGGUGACGGAGACGUUUGGGUGAUGGGCAGCAGCGGGGCGUGGCUCCUGGCCGGCGUGCUCUCCCUCAUCAUCCUGACGACGGCGUGCGGCAACAUCCUGCUGAUCGGCCUGGUGCUCACCCAGCGCUCGCUCCGCUGCACCUCCAACUGCUUCCUGGUGUCGCUGUUCCUGUCCGACCUGAUGGUGGCGCUGGUGGUGAUGCCGCCGGCCAUGCUGAACGCGCUGUGCGGCGCCUGGGUGCUCCGCCCCGGCUUCUGCCCCGUCUGGCUCUGCUUCGACGUCAUGUGCUGCAGCGCCUCCAUCCUCAACCUGUGCGUGAUCAGCCUGGACCGCUACCUGCUCAUCAUCUCGCCGCUGCGCUACAAGCAGCACAUGACCCCGCCGCGCGCCCUCCUCCUGGUGGGCGGGGCCUGGGGGCUGGCCGCCCUCACCUCCUUCCUGCCCAUCGAGAUGGGCUGGCACAGCCUGAGCCGCGGCCGGGGCCACGCCCCCAGGCCGGGCGGGGUCAACGGCAGCGUGGCGGAGCUGGGCGGCGGUGGCGGCGGCGCCCCACGCCCCCCGCCGCUCUACCCGCCGCCCGCGCAGUGCCGCCUGGGCGUGAGCCUGCCCUUCGCCCUGGUGGCGUCCUGCCUCACCUUCUUCCUGCCCUCCACCGCCAUCUGCUUCACCUACUGCCAGAUCCUGAGGGUGGCGCGGAGGCAGGCGCGGCGGGUGGCGGCGCUCGCCCACCCACCGCACCCCUACCACUCGGCCGGGGAGCCCUCCCGCCCCCCCUCGGCCGGGCCGGCCACCGGGCACGCUCACCCCGACAGGGACGGGGACUACUGCAGCCACCAGGAGCCGCCCGCGGCUCAGCACCCACAGUCGUCGGUGAGCAGCGAGCGCAGGUUGGAGCACAGGCAGGGCAGGAGGGCUCUGAAGGCCAGCCUGACCCUGGGCGUUCUGCUGGGGCUCUUCUUCAGCGCCUGGCUGCCCUUCUUCAUCACCAACAUGGCACAGGCAGUGUGCGAGUGCGUGCCCACGGCCCUCUUCGACGCCCUCACCUGGCUGGGGUACUGCAACAGCACCAUGAACCCCAUCAUCUACCCCCUGUUCAUGCGCGACUUCAAGCGAGCCCUGGGGCGCCUCCUGCCCUGCUGCUGCUGCUCCGCCUCCUCCUCCUCCUCUUCCUCGCGCUCCCCGCGGAGGCCCUCGCCUCCCCUCUCCCUCUCCCUGCGAAACUCCGGGGAGCCCCACGUGCCCUCCGACCCGCCCUCCCUGUCCUCCGACCCGCCCCAGCCCCCCGCCACGGCCACGGACGCAGUCAACCUGUUCGACGCCGAGCAUGCUGGGAGCCGGCUGCCGCUGCUUUUGCCCAAUCAGGUCGACACGCUGGACUGAGGGGCGGAGGGACGGAGGGACGGACGGGAGAGGAGGAGGACAGACGGAGAGGAACGAGAAGAAAGAGGAAAGAGGAAAAGAAGAAAUGCGUGUGCAUGCCUGCGGAUGUAUGCGCUGCCAAAAUUCAAAGGGACCCAUAUAUAUAUAAACCUGUGAAAGAGAGAAAAGUAGAAGGAAAGAACAGUGGAAGAUGCAAAAAGGUGUGAAAAGAAAAAAAAAAUGUGAUUCAGUUUUUAAAAGAAAUUUUUUU